UAAACCCAGCUGGUGUUGAUGUUUAUGAUCGUGAUUGCGAGAUUACGAUUUCUGAGGAAGUAGUGAUUCACUUUGUCGUCAGGGUCUGCUCCUGAUUUUGGGGAAUAAAUUGCUAUUUGAUCUCCUGAAGAAUUUUACCCACCGAGAAAAAUGAACCGAAUUUUUGGCAGAGGAAAGCCCCAAACUCCCGCACCCAGUCUCACCGACUGCAUUUCGGGAGUCGACAGCAGAGCCGAGUCGAUUGAAAAGAAAAUCGGUAUGCUCGACAACGAGUUGCGCAAGUACAAGGACCAGAUGAAGAAAAUGCGGGAAGGGCCUGCUAAGAAUGCUGUCAAACAGAAAGCCCUGCGAGUUCUUAAGCAACGCAAGAUGUACGAGCAGCAAUCCGAGUCUUUGCGCAACCAGUCUUUCAACAUGGAACAGGCAAAUUACGCCACCCAGACUCUGAAGGACACUCAAGCCACAGUGCAGGCAAUGAAGACCGGAGUGAAAACCAUGCAGAAAGAGUUCAAGAAAAUCAACAUUGAUCAAAUUGAAGAUUUGCAAGAUGAUAUGGCAGACAUGCUGGAACAGGCAGAUGAAGUCCAGGAAGCUCUUGGUCGCAGCUACGCCACUCCAGACGUGGACGAAGACGAGCUGGAGGCGGAACUGGACGCUCUCGGAGACGAAAUCGCCCUUGACGAAGACACCAGCUAUUUGGAUGCUGUUGAAACGCCCAAUGCUCCGACAAGAGAACCUGGAGCUGACAGUAUUCAGGAGCAGAAUGGAGUGCUAGUGGAUGAAUUUGGAUUGCCGAAGAUUCAGCAUGCAUCAUAAAAUAUGCCGUUAAAAAAACUAUUGGCUAUUGUGAUAAGCUUUAAUUAAGUUCUAAAUUGAGCCUCUGGUAUUGCUCUUCUUGCUAAUAUAAUUUGCUCUUUUUAAAUUAAUUUGUAUUUGUGUGAAAAAGUGUAUUUUCUCUUUCUCGUUUUAUAGUACUUUCAUCGUUACAUUACACACUUAUCUACCUGUAAAUUACAAACAAUUAAAAAAUAAUAUAAAAGCACACCUUUUGCAAAAUAGAUGGAAUCUGUUCUGCGGUUAUAACCUUAUGUAUUGAGAAUAAAAAAUUAAUUUGACUCUACUAAAAAUAAAAAAAUU